AUGACAUUGCAAGACAUAGCAGAGAAUGAUCAAAGUCAACCUUCUAAUCUUGGUCAAACUGAUUCUGACUCCGAUUCAGUUUCAGAAGAUCUCCCAUUGGAUGAUGGUAAGAAAGCAAAUUCAAAGAAGCCUAGUUCAAAUGCAUUUAGACAACAACGAUUAAAAGCAUAUAAUCCGGUUUUGACUGCCAAAACUGUAAUUCCGCUUUUGAUUGCUAUUGCUAUUGUAUUCGUCCCACUUGGUGCGGCAAUGUGGUACGCUUCCCAUCAGAUUGAAGAUAUCGCUAUUGACUAUAGUCAAUGUGAAGUUUUAGCAUCCAAUGAUCAUUUUUCAGAAAUUCCACCGGAAUUUACUGAGUUUCAUUUUAAUUCACUUUCAAAAGGUGAUGUACCUAAAUUUUCAUGGAAAUUGGAGUCAGACAAUUCUCAACAAUUCGAAGAUGAAAGAAAAGUAUGCGUUGUUCAAUUUGAAGUAAUGAAGGAUAUGAAGGGUCCAAUUUAUCUUUAUUAUAGAUUACAUAAGUUUUAUGCAAACCAUCGUCGAUAUGUUAAGUCAUUCAGUGAAGAUCAAUUAAAUGGGAAAGCUGCUUCUUUAAACACUAUUAAGAAUACGGUAGGACAAAACUGUGAACCAUUAUCAACUGAUUCUGAAGGAAGAAAAAUUUAUCCCUGUGGUUUGAUUGCAAAUAGUUUAUUUAAUGACACUUAUACAACUGAAUUUCAAGGUGUUAAUGGAACAUCUCAAGAUUAUCCAUUAACUGAUCAAGGUAUAGCCUGGGCUACUGAUAAAAACAGAUUUAAAAAGACGAAGUACAAUUACACCGAAGUUGUCCCCCCACCAAAUUGGUUCAAGAUGUUCCCUAAUGGUUAUAAUGAAACAAAUAUCCCUGAUAUUUCAACUUGGUAUCAAUUCCAAAAUUCCUACGUAGGUAGACCCAACGGUUGUAAAUUAUUUAACCGAAAUGCAUUACUGUUGGAUACUUUAAAUAAGGGAAUUUAUCAAAUUAAUAUUGGGUUGCAUUUCCCUGUUUUACCAUAUAAUGGUAAGAAGUUUAUUUAUAUCUCACAAAGGUCGGUCAUUGGUGGUAAGAACGACUUUUUAGGAAUUAGUUGGAUGGUCGGUGGAGGAGUUUGUUUUAUUUUAGGUCUUGUCUUAUUGAUUAUUAAUUUUGUUAAACCUAGAAAAACAGGUGAUGUCAAUCUUUUAAGUUGGAAUCAAGAGAGAAUCCACCGUGAUGAGAAAAAUGCUGAGCUUGCCGAUGGUGCUGCCAGUAGUAGUGGAUACGAAAGAAAUUAA